AUGUUCUCCUCAAAGUUUAAAGAUGUAACGGAGGUCCAGCAGAAGAGGACUGUAAGGUAAGGAGAAAUCGCCCUUCUUCUUCUUCUUCUUCUUCUUCUUCUGGGUUGUAUGAUUCAGAGAAUUUGCUUGGUCCGCGGAUACACAACAAUUUCCAUAUCCUCUCCAGGUUCUGAGCUUGGGAGCAUUCAAAUUUCAUAAAAAUUCAUUCCCAGUUAUUUUAAAAGGAGGGUACGGGACCUGCUGUUGAUAAUAAAAUCAUAAUUUAAUCUCCAUGUUAAAUUCUGAUUAGGGCAAAAACCCAUUAACAUCCAUCAUUUGCUCCACAGAGUAGGAUCGCCACCGGGUUUUGAUUUUUUUGACUUGGUGUUCCUUGGAUAUCAUGUUCUGCUCCAGUUUGCCAUCGGUCAACUCCUCGCCCUUUUGAUACUCCCAGAUACAUCUGAGCUUUGACGGUUCCUCAUUUAAAUUUUGAAGGUUCUACUCUGAUGAGAAGCAGAACCGAGAGAAGUCAUCAGUGCACCAGCUGCCCAAGUCGAUAGGAUUCAACUUUACCAGAGUAGGAGGUGGUUCAACAGGAGACGUCAAGGCCAAGGCGUUCUGUGAAGAACAAGCACCAUGGCAGGAACGAAUACUGGACCCUGGAAGCGAGAUCAUGCUUAAGUGGAACUGGGCCUUCCUCGGCAUGUGUCUCGUGGCUCUGUUUGUGGAUCCUCUGUACUUCUACUUGCCCUUGGUCCGCAGUGGAAGUGAAGGUUCUUCCUGCAUCAAGCUGGAUAAGAAAUUGAGCACCGUCAUCACCGUGUUCCGGUGCAUUGCAGAUCUCUUCUAUAUCCUGCAUAUUGUUAUAAAAUUCCGGACGGCCUAUGUAGCCCCAAGCUCCAGGGUUUUCGGCCGGGGGGAGCUCGUCAUGGAUCCCAAGAAGAUAGCAAGAAGGUACCUGCGAUCAGAUUUUGCUAUUGACCUUGUGGCAGCGUUGCCUCUUCCUCAGGUACCCAUCACUCUCUCUCUCUCUCUCUGCUCCAUUGAAGAACCGUCCUGUGCUUCUCCUUGCGCAAAAAAACCUAUGUUGACAAAAAUGAGCCCAGGUUGAUUUUUGAUGCCCUGAUUAACUCAGGCAUGAUUUCAUGCUCCUGAGUUGACCAGGUGUUAACAGUCCCGAGAUUACUGAUAAUAAUAGAAAUGAACCGUUGACAUUCACCACCAGCUGGUUUCUAGGUUGGAUGGGGCCAAUAACUGUAGCGUUUAGAACUCUGGCCGCUCACUCAAAGAACAGGGCUAUUGAAAAACACAGAGAAGGGGAGAGAGGAGGAGCUUUUACAUGCAAUGUGGUUCCUUCAACCCGUCUUUAUGUCUCUCGUUUGUGAAAACUUGAUGUAUUCUUUUGCAGAUCGUCAUCUGGCUGGCUAUACCAGCAAUUAGAGAUUCGAACGCCAACCACAAUCACAACGCCCUUGCUCUCAUAGUUCUUCUUCAGUAUAUUCCCAGGCUAUAUCUAAUCUUCCCGCUGAGUUAUCAGAUCAUCAAAGCCACUGGAGUUGUCAUGGAGACUCCCUGGGCUGGGGCUGCAUACAAUCUACUUCUUUACAUGUUGGCCAGCCAUGUAUGCCUCUUCAACACCCCCCCCCCAAGUUUUGACCCGGUUCCUUGGUGGGUAGGAAAGUCAACGGUAACUAACUUACCAACAAUUCGUUCUUGACUGCGCAAACAGGUCUUGGGAGCGUCAUGGUACUUGCUAUCUGUAGACCGCCAGGCCACAUGCUGGGAGUCAGAGUGCAGGAAGGAAUCUGUAGAUGGACUACAAUGCAACCAUCAAUUUCUAGACUGCAGCGCGAAUGAGGAUGCGAGUUGGGCACGAAACACGAAGGUUUUUGCGAAUUGCAAUGCCACCGAUGAUGAUAUAAAGUUCAAAUUUGGCAUCUUUCAGAAUGCAUUAAAGACUGGCGCCGUCUCAGAAGGUUUUGUGAAGAAAUACCUGUAUUGCUUGUGGUGGGGUUUACAGAACCUGAGGUAUGGUGAUAAAACACUGAAUUGAUGAUAGUUUUCUUAAUCACUCUUUUGCUUUCUUCAUGGCAUAUUACUGAAUAAAUUCAAAAAAGAAAAAAACUGCCCGUACUAGAUUCUUCAUUGGGGCAUGAAUGGGACAUUACUGAACCCUUGAUGAGCUAGUUUUGUGGCCCUCAGCUGCCAGUGGCUCAACAGAGCACCCGGUGGUCUACAGGGGAUGAAGAAAAGAGAGAAAAAAUAACAACUUGGCAGGAAAUCGGUUGAAUUAACUUGGAUUAACUGGUACCCAGAUGGAUUUACCGUCGGAUGAAGGGUAGGCGACAGUGGCAUCCCUUGCCAGCUGGUGGAGAGUGGGGGAGGAAGGUGGAAGUAAGUAAGAGAGAAAGAAAGAAAGAAAGAAAGAAAGAAAGAAAGAAAGAAAGGAAAAGGGCCUUUCCUUUUCCAUAUGCUACUGCUGCUGCUGCUGCCGCCGCCUAUGCAGAUUUUCAUUCCAACGGGGCUGUUCUUUGAUACGAGGGAGUGAGGUUGCUGAGGGUGAGAAGUUUCAAUAGGGUUUUUUACUUUUGAGGGGGAACUGUCCUGAUUUUAUUUCUUGCUUUUCAGGGAUCUGGGGUUUUAGUGCCGCCUAAAAUAUAGACUGGAAAUGUUGCCUAGAGAGAUUUUCAAGAACCCGCCGAUCAUUUAUUUCUGAAUAUUUAUUUCUCUUUUGGCCGUUUAUUGCAUAUAUAUUGCUGCUAUCCACCUUCAAAAGCAUGAUUUUCUUGGAAGAUUUCCCCUUCUCCCUUCAUAAUCUAAUGGCCGGUUGCUGUUUCUUUUUGGCAGUUCAUACGGGCAAAAUCUAGCAACUAGUACAUUCAUCGGAGAAACAUUGUUCGCCAUCCUGAUUGCCAUAGUGGGCCUGGUUUUAUUCGCGCAUUUGAUUGGGAACAUGCAGGUGAUGUGCUGGGUUUUCCCCCUAUUCAUCAAUGGCUUUUUGAAUGAUAAUUUUAUGUCCUCAUAUAUUUAUGUCAUUUCAUUCUGAUUAUGCCUCACAAUCAUAUAUGAGUCUGGACAGAGGGCUUAGAUCUUAACAUCCAGGCCUGAGAAUAUCUGUAUAUGUGAGAGGAUCAUAGCCCUUGUUCAUCAGAGGCUAUGUCAACCCUAAUCAUUCAUGUGUUUGAAGCUUCCACAGCCUUUUUUAGAAAGUGAAUGUGGUUGAAUCAAUCCUCCAUGUUUACCCGAGUGCAAGAUCUGAUUUCUAUCAGGUUUAUCAACCCAAAUUUCUGGGAAAUUCUUGGGUUGUGUGGAUAAUUUCUCUCCAUCGGGGAAAAUUCAUGCACAUUAAUAUUACCACAUGAAACAGUAGAGAUGAAGAAAAAUUGACUCUGCUUCGGUAUAAAGUUUCAUGGUUAUUUUUCUUGGCCUGGUUUCUGGUACUUGCUGAUGAUUUUGCCCACGCCCAAAUGGCUUAGACGAUUACUUCCCCCCAUGCAGGCAUAUCUGCAGUCCAUCACUGUGAGAGUUGAGGAGUGGCGACUGAAACGAAGAGACACUGAAGAGUGGAUGAGACAUCGCCAGCUCCCACAUGAGCUGCGUGAAAGGGUCCGGCAGUUCGUCCAAUACAAGUGGCUUGCGAACAGGGGAGUCGACGAGGAGUCGAUUCUGCGGGCUCUGCCGACUGAUCUCCGGAGGGAUAUCAAGAAACAUCUGUGCCUGGAUCUUGUUCGCCGGGUACCAUGCUCAUCCUCAAUCUGACAUCUUCAGUCUUCCCAUGUCGACGACUCUUUCACCUCGCUAUGCCCUCCGUCUCACCUGGUUCAUGUGAAUUCGCAGGUCCCCUUCUUUGCACAGAUGGAUGGUCAGCUUCUGGACGCCAUAUGUGAGCACCUGGUCUCAUCCCUGAGCACCGAGGGCACUUACAUUGUUCGCGAGGGGGACCCGGUGACGGAGAUGCUCUUCAUCAUCCGGGGGAGAUUGGAGAGCUAUACGACCAACGGGGGAAGGACUGGCUUCUUCGACUCCAUAACUCUCAGGCCCGGGGAUUUCUGUGGUGAGGAACUGCUGACAUGGGCCCUGCUCCCCAAGUCCACCGGCAGCCUGCCGUCUUCCACGAGGACCGUGAAGGCCCUCGUGGAGGUGGAGGGCUUCGCCCUCCGGGCCGAGCAUCUGAAGCUCGUGGCGAACCAGUUCAGGCGGCUCCACAGCAAGAAGCUGCAGCACACCUUCCGUGUCUACUCCCAUUCCUGGAGGACCUGGGCGGCUUGCUUCAUACAGGCUGCCUGGCGCCGGUUCAAGAAGAGGAAGAUGGCCCAGGAUCUGAGCAAGCGGGAGCCAUUCUCCUCCCAGCCAGAUGAUCACAGUGAUGGUGGGUCGGAGCAAGAUGAAGGGGGGGGUUUCGCCAUGGCCUCCGGUAGCUCUUCCCAACCCAACCAGGACAUCGGUGAGAUGUUGACCAAGUUUAACAGCACCAAGAGAGGAUCUUUCAGAAUGAAGGCCAUGGAUCUGCCCAUGUUACAGAAACCUGAGGAGCCUGAUUUCUCUUCUGACGCAUACAAUUGA